UUCGUCACUUCCGCGCGCCUGGCCGGAGGCAGGGGGGACGGGACCCAGGCAGCAGGCGCGCGGGCGCCAUGAGCGAGGCGGAUGGGCUGCGGCAGCGCCGGGCCGUGCGGCCGCAGGUCGUCACGGACGAUGCCCGGGUCCCGGAGGCCAAGGGCGGCAGCUCCUUCAGCGGCAGAGUGUUCCGAGCCACCUUCCUGAUGCUGGCUGUGUUCCUCACCGUCCCCCUGCUCGGCGCCAUGAUGCUGCUGGACUCUCCCAUAGACCCGCAGCUUCUCAGCUUCAAAGAACCCCCGCUCUUGCUUGGUGUCCUGCAACCAAAUACGAAGUUACGACAGGCGGAAAGGCUUUUUGAAAAUCAGCUUGUUGGGCCAGAGUCCAUAGCACAUAUUGGGGAUGUAAUGUUCACUGGUACAGCAGAUGGCCGAGUCGUAAAACUUGAAAACGGUGAAGUAGAGACCAUCGCCCGGUUUGGCUCAGGCCCAUGCAAAACCCGAGAUGACGAGCCUGCUUGUGGGAGACCCCUGGGCAUCCGGGCCGGGCCCAACGGGACCCUUUUUGUGGCUGAUGCAUACAAAGGGCUAUUUGAAGUAAAUCCCUGGAAACGUGAAGUAAAACUGCUGCUGUCCUCCGAGACACCCAUUGAGGGGAGGAAAAUGUCCUUUGUGAACGAUCUUACAGUAACUCGGGACGGGAGGAAGAUUUAUUUUACGGAUUCUAGCAGCAAAUGGCAAAGACGAGAUUAUCUGCUUCUGGUGAUGGAGGGGACGGAUGAUGGUCGCCUGCUGGAGUACGACACCGAGACCAAGGAGGUGAAGGUUUUGCUGGACCACCUGCGGUUCCCCAACGGGGUACAGCUCUCUCCUGCGGAGGACUUUGUCCUGGUGGCGGAAUUGACCAUGGCGAGGAUCAGGAGGUUCUACGUGUCUGGCCUGAUGAAAGGAGGGGCCGACCUGUUUGUGGAGAACUUGCCUGGAUUCCCGGACAACAUCCGAGCCAGCAGCUCCGGGGGUUACUGGGUCGGCAUGUCGACCAUUCGCUCCAAUCCUGGGUUUUCCAUGUUGGAUUUCUUAUCCGAGAGACCGUAUCUUAAAAGAAUGAUUUUUAAGCUGUUCAGCCAGGAGACGGUGAUGAAGUUUGUGCCGCGGUACAGCCUCGUCCUGGAGCUCAGUGACAGCGGGGCCUUCCGGAGGAGCCUGCACGACCCUGAUGGGCAGGUGGCCGCUUACGUGAGCGAGGUGCACGAGCAUGACGGGCACCUGUACCUGGGCUCCUUUAGGUCCCCUUUCCUCUGCAGACUCCGCCUGCAGUCUGCCUAGGCCCGUCGUUGCCCUGCGCGCCACCCCUGGGCCAGGAGGUGCGUGGACACACCCUUCCCACCUGCACCUGCCGGUCCGCGGAGGUGUGGUGCAGCCUCUUGGGACACCCUUACCUGGACUUGGCCUUGCAUCUGCCGUGGGGGAGAUGAGUCCACGUAAAGCCCUUUUCUCUUAAAAACCUUCCCAAGUGCAGUGAUUCUUUAGGACCCGGGGACUUGGUGCACUUAACAGGCUUCAGGUGUGGGGAUGGAGCUGUGGGUGAGUCGGCUGGCGUCUCACUUUUGCUGCUGGCUGUGUCCUGCCAGCCUCGAUGCCUUUGUUGUUAAAUGGGUGAUACCUGUCUUUGUGGGAGGGGCUCCGGGAGGGCGCGGAGAACUCAGGGCAAACGUGUGUGAAGCCUCGGAUGGGCUGUGCAGGCGAAGAGGGCACGGCUACGUUCCCCAGAGUCAAGUGAGGCCCGAGCCUCGGCCCUGGGCAUCCCUCCCGUGGCUCCCACCCUCCUGCUGCAUCUGGCCCCCUCCCUACCCGGGUCCCCGCCAGCGCUCUGAAGGCCAGGACCUGGGUGUGUGUGGAGGAAGAGCACGUUGAUUCCAGCAGCUCAGAGGACUCACCGGCUUCUCCAUGGACAGCCUGCCGUGCGGAUCAGAGGAUGGGGAGUGAAGGUGGGCGCUGGGCACCAGGAGUCCUGUUCAUACACCUGGCUCCUCACCCCAGACUCAGGUGUGAAUAGUGCACGUGCUGGGGUUGCGUCUGCUCUAGUGUUACAAGCCUGACGCUGCUGUAUUUCCUGACGGGUGUGUCCACACAUGGUCCUGGUUGUGGGGUGAUCCAUGUGAUUAUGGUAAUUAAAUGGACUUUUCUGCUGAUUAA